AAAAUCAAACAAGUUAAUUAUAUUGAUGAAAGUGACCAGGUUUAGGAUUAAGCUCUCUCUCCUUACGUUACAAAAUUCUACAAAAAGCUUAACCACAAUAACCAAUUUUAAACCCCACACAAACCCUAACCCUAAUUCCCCUUUCAAAAAAAAUACACAGACUCAAUAUGGAAACUAUCGGAGUCCUAAUGACCUGCCCAAUGUACUCAUACCUCGAACAAGAAUUAGAAGCUCGUUUCAAUCUCUUCAAACUCUGGCAGCAACCUUCAAAAGCUGACUUCUUGAAAACCAAUCAACACAAAAUCAAAGCGAUUGUAGGCAAUACUAAAAUUGGUGCAGAUGCGGAGCUGAUUGAUGCAUUGCCAAAAUUGGAGUUUGUGGCUUCGUACAGUGUGGGACUGGAUAAAAUUGAUUUGAAAAAGUGUGAGGAGAAGGGAAUUAGGGUUACAAAUACCCCUGAUGUGUUGACUGAUGAUGUUGCUGACCUGGCAAUCGGUUUGAUAUUGGGGGUUUUGAGGAGGAUUUGUGCUUGUGAUGGACAUGUGAGAAGUGGGAAAUGGAGAGAAGCUGAUUUUAAAUUGACAACCAAGUUCAGUGGUAAAUCAGUUGGAAUUAUUGGAUUGGGCAGGAUUGGUGCAGCUAUUGCAAAGAGAGCUGAAGCUUUUAGUUGUUCUAUAAGUUACCACUCCAGAUCUCAAAAACCAUAUACAAAUUAUAAGUACUACUCAAAUGUCAUAGAUUUGGCCAAAAACUGCCAAAUCCUGGUUGUGGCUUGUGCUUUGACCGAGGAGACCCAACAUAUCAUCAAUCGAGAUGUCAUUGAUGCAUUGGGUCCGAAGGGCAUUCUCAUCAACAUUGGAAGAGGUGCACAUGUUGAUGAACCUGAGCUUGUAUCUGCACUACUCGAAGGUCGGCUAGGCGGUGCAGGGCUUGAUGUAUAUGGAAAUGAACCUGAGGCUCCUGAACAGCUUUUCGGCCUUGACAAUGUUGUCCUUCUGCCUCAUGUGGGAAGUGAUACUAUAGAGACCAGCAAUGCAAUGGCAGACCUUGUGAUUGCAAAUUUGGAGGCACACUUCAACAGCAAGCCCCUCUUGACUCCAGUUGUAUGAUUAUGUGAGGGAAGGUGGGUGUGUGUGUUGAUUGAUCUAGAACCUUGAGCUCAUGCUGUCGUUUAGGUUUCCUUAGGUUCUGAUAAUUUUUACAUCAACGUCCAGGUUUCGCUUAUAUUGGAAGUACAUUUAAUGAUAUUCAAUUGUUAGCUUGGAUUUCAAAAUAUUUACGCUGAUGUGGUUGCUUA